CGUUCGCCAUCAAUGAGCAUCAUCAGGAAACUCAAAGAGCACUCGCUGGGUGUUUGUCCGUGCGUGUUGUGGCCUCGCAAGGGAAACAUAAACAGGCGACGUUUCAGACGUUGGCCCUCCUUCGUGGCAAAGACAUGCAAUCGCACCGCUGCACGUAAAGGAUAACCGAUCUCGACCUCCCCAAAGCGCUGCCCGCCCACCGGCACUCGGAACUCGUCCCAGGCAGUGGCACGAGGGGCAAGCCGGGCAAGUGUGGUGGGCAUGGCGGGCUCGACUACUGCGGCGGCUUGCGUGCCUGCGCUGCUGCUGCUCUUGUUGUUGGAGCCGGGCCCGUGCCGCGGCGGCUCCGUGAGGCUCGGGGACUCCGAGGGACUCGGCCGCCGAUUCGACGGCAUCGGAGGUCUGAGUGGCGGCGGGGCUACAUCCCGGCUUCUCGUGAACUACCCCGAGCCACAUCGCAGUGCCAUUCUGGACUACCUCUUCAAGCCUAACUUUGGCGCCUCUCUACACAUCCUAAAAGUUGAGAUUGGAGGCGACGCACAGACCACAGAUGGCACGGAGCCGUCGCACAUGCGGGACCCGGGAGACGAGAACUACUUCCGCGGCUAUGAGUGGUGGCUCAUGAAGGAGGCCAAGAAGCGCAACCCCAACAUCACGCUCGUGGGCUUGCCAUGGGCAUUUCCGGCGUGGGUCGGCGGCGGCUUCAAAUUCCCGUACAAAUACCCGGAGGUGACGGCCGGGUACGUGGUUUCCUGGGUGCUGGGUGCCAAGCAGUACCAUGGCCUGGACAUCGAUUACGUCGGGAUCUGGAAUGAGAGGAAAUACGACAUCAAUUACAUAAAGGUGCUGAGGCAGACCCUGGACAAGGUCGGCCUGGGCUGGAUCAAGAUCAUCGCGGCCGACAACAAAUGGGAAAUUGCGAGUGACAUCCUGCAUGACUCGGAGCUGGCAGAUGCCAUCAGCGUCAUCGGCGCCCACUACCCCGGCACCAACAGCACGGUGGAUGCGGUGCGCACAGGCAAGGUGCUCUGGUCCUCGGAGGACUUCAGCACGUUCAACGACGAGACGGGCGCCGGCUGCUGGGCUCGCAUCCUUAACCAGAACUACGUCAAUGGCAACAUGACCUCCACCAUCUCGUGGAACCUGGUAGCGAGUUACUACGGGUCGCUUCCGUUCGGGAGGGACGGACUCAUGACGGCCGAUGAGCCCUGGAGUGGCUUCUACAGCGUCGAUGGCCCCAUAUGGAUCUCGGCGCACACGACCCAGUUCACGAGGCCAGGCUGGCACUACCUCCAAGCGGACGGACACCUCAAGGCGGGUGGCUCCUACGUGGCCCUCACCGACGGCAACGGGAACCUCACCAUCGUCAUAGAAACCAUGACACACAACCACUCGGUGUGCAUCCGCCCGCCGCUGCCACCCUUCACCGUCUCGCCGCAGAACGUCACCUUCAGGCUCACCGGCUCCUUCGCCCACGUGGCGAGCCUGCAGGUGUGGCACUCGCGCCUCGACUUCACGGGGAUGCCCAGCGUGCUCUUCCAGCCCCUCCCGCCCAUCAAGGUGGACAAGGGCAGCUUCACCCUGAGCCUGGACGUGGACGAGGUGUACACGUUCACUACGCUCCUCACCGGCAACCGCGGCUCCUACCCCAGGCCCCCGGCCUCCCAGCCGUUCCCGUCUAUCUACAACGACUCCUUUGACGUCGCUACUCCUCCGUUCAGCGAGGCACCAAAUUUCGCCGACCAGACGGGCGUCUUUGAACUGUUCCGGAACUUGUCCGAUCCGGGGCCGCACGUGUUCACGAUGCGUCAGGUGAUCACCACCCGACCAAUCACCUGGGCCGAGGAUGCCAAACAGCCAAUCACGGUCAUCGGAAAUCACAACUGGAGCGAUGUGCUGGUGUCAUGUGACGUGUUUAUGGAGGAUGCCGAGCAGGGAGGAGUUUUUAUCGCCGGGCGGGUGAACAAGGCCGGCAAUGAUAUCUCAUUCGCCCGGGGGGUCUUCUUCUGGAUUUUCGCAAAUGGAACAUUCGCUCUCACCAAUGACCUAGCUGGGAGGUUCGUGUUGAUGUCAGGGACAGCCCCGACCAAGCCCUGGACGUGGUACACGAUGACCCUCUCACUGCAGGGUGACAGCGUGGUGGCCGUGGUUGAAAAUCAGCUGGUGAUGACACAGGAGAAGAUUAUUAUGCCAACAAGAGGCUGGGUUGCAAUUGGAACGCACACAUUCCAGAAUGCACAGUUUGACAACUUUUAUGUGCAGGGCAACUGAAAUGGCGUUUUCCCAGGGCGGAAGUGAUGCUGGGCUGGUCUUAGAUCAUAAAAUGGUUGUCUAACCAGAUAAUCCUGUUAUGUUGACAAGUAUGACAUGGGGGAUAAUUUUAAAGUAACUCGCAAAUAACCAAAUUUUUGUAAAUUGCUCAGGAUACGGGCGAUCGACAGGAAUUAAAUGUUAUGUUACAUUUCCUCUCAUGAAGCGGAUGUGUACAUGCAUUGUAUUGUUGCAUGGAAUUUGUGUGGGUACCAUGUUCUAUGUAAAAUAGGGUUCGCAGCGCAAAUGGACAACAGCAUGUAUGGCUUUCAAGCCACUGGCAGAGAUAGACCGACUUACACAUGCAGAUUAUGGAAGACUUGCGAGGCUUAAGGACAAAUCAAUUGCAUUAUGCUCCUCUACUUCAUCAAACUGGCAUUUCAUUCAAAUUGUACUUGGGCUGCAUAAUAAGCAAGCUAAGGUAGCACUAACCCUUACCUGGCCAAUCGGUUAUAUUACAAAGUAACAUUUUACUUCAAUUAAAAACUGUAAAUGAUUUUAUUGUUUUCAGUGGCGUGUUUUUUUACAAAUUCACCUGACUUUGGUGUUUUUUUUAUAAAUGGUGAUGUUGAUUAAUAUAUAUUUGUGAGUUUUAUGUACAACACAUAUUUCACAGGUGAAUUAUCUUUCAUGAAUGUCGAACCAUUCUGUCUUAAGGUAUGGCCGUGGAUUCAGGGAUGGUGAAUUUUGCGUUUAAGUUGCACAAAUUAUUAAAGGAAAUUUUGUAAGAUUGUGAGAUUGUUUUUGAGGUUUAAUUAUUUUGCCCGCCUUGCCAAUAUGAAUAAAAUUGUAAAAUGAAUUAUCA